AGAAACCCACGAGUACCAUUCUCACAACAUCAAGUAGCAGUUUUAGAAGAAAAGUUUCGCAGAACACAUUAUUUGAGUAGCAUGGAUGUUGCUGAGUUGUCAGCAAAUCUGAACCUCUCUGAGACCAGGGUAAAAAUCUGGUUCCAGAAUCGAAGAGCGAGGGAAAGAAGAGAUCGA